AUCACUGCAAGUAGUAUUUCCUUCCCGCUCUGCCUAUUUGAUAACGCAUAUUUAUAUUGCCCAACGCUUCCUGAACAGACAGAUGUUUCUGUCAAUCCUAAGAAAUAGGGAACCUUUGCUUCCUUCUCUUACAGUGAAAACAAUUCCAGUCGGCAUCGCACCUGGAUGUUUUAUCAGAGCAGCUCAGAGUUCAGCUCUUCCGUGCUCAGAGAUCGGCACUUCCCAAUCCACACGCUUUGUUCUUUCUCAUACCAGUGAUAAAAUAACUUAAAGCCCUAUUUGCUGUUUAACUUAGGUGUGCUUACAAAGCGCAGAACUUUUUUUCACACUACCUGACCUUCCUGCAGUGGUUGGUUGGUGUUUAUUUUCUCCUCAGAAGAAAGUUAUUUGCUCCACCCAGCUUCCGUGUAGUCCCACAUCCUUUUUGUAUAUCCUUUUGCUGGAGCUGAACUCCUCUAUAUCUCACACUAGGACUUCCAACAUGUUUUCUAUUUCCUACUAGAUCUCCAAGAGUAUUUCAGCACUGGUCUUCAUUAUCCCUACAUCUCUUUCUUUUUUAACUGAUAAAAAUUCCUAUUUUUUCCUACUGAAUCAUACAUUUGUCAAGACGUCCCAUGUAAGAUUCAAGCUUACGUGGUCUUUAUAAAGGUUGGGCUUUGCUCAUCUAUCCCAGGUAAUAUGCAGCAGCUGCUACCACCUACUGACAGGAAUUAAUUCAACUCUCAUCAAUUAUGGUCAGUUUAGAGGGAGAGGUGGUCUUCCCAAAAGCAGGGAAAGGCUGAAAAGCCAACAUGCUCUAGGAAGAAACUGAAAGCUAAGUUAAUAAGGCUAAAGACUCUUCUGUUUCACAUCCCUCACAGAAAUCAGAAGUUCACCACAAGCAUGCAGGCUGGAGCUGCUGAGAUCCUUGAGCAGCCAACGUGGAAAAGCUCUAGGAGCAGAUAUUUCCCUGACUGACCUCCCAACAGCCCUCCCAAAACAGCACCUAUUCAUAGAAUCAUAGAAUCGUCUAGGUUGGAAGAGACCCUUGGGAUCAUCGAGUCCAACCACCUAUCCUACUCUACAAGGAAAAACGAAGUAAAUCCCUGCUGCCACACAGCCCUGCAGGAGGCCAGGCGCCUCACCCCAGCCAGGCUGCUGCCCCCUGACACAGCCUCCCUGCGCUGAUGUGAAUCCAAAUCGCUCUCUAACCGAGACCCGGGACGCCCCGCCGUACCGACUACCGGCUGCCAGCCCCGGGCCUGGCCUCACUUCACGGACGACGCCCCGCUCCAGCGACAAGAUGGCGGCGGGCGGCGUCACGUGCCCGCCGGCGGCGGCAACGGCGAGGGUGCAAGGCGCCUGCGCGGCACCUCCCCCUGAGGGAGGCGAGAAGAUGGCGGAAGCGGAGUGAGCGGCUUGUCCGAGGCUGGACGAACACUGCACAAUAUGGAGAAUGAACCAAACACAACAACAUGUUCUGCAUCCACAACAACCAUCACCACCACCUCCACCUCCCGGACGCAGCUGCCCCAGAUCUCUGUCUACAGCGGCUCUGACCGACACGCCGUCCAGGUUAUUCAGCAGGCCUUGCAUCGUCCUCCUAGCUCAGCUGCUCAGUACCUCCAGCAGAUGUAUGCAGCCCAACAGCAGCAUCUCAUGCUGCAAACUGCUGCUUUGCAGCAGCAGCACUUAAGCAGUACCCAAUUUCAGAGUCUGGCAACUGUACCACAGGCAAGCCUGUCAGGUGGGAGGCAAUGUACUUCCCCCACUGGGAGUGUCACUCAGCAGUCAAGCAUGUCGCAGACCUCGAUUAACCUCUCCACCUCUCCUACACCUGCACAGAUAAUAAGCCGUUCACAGACCUCCAACACCACCAGCAGCAGUAUUACCCAACAGACCAUGUUGCUGGGGAGCACCUCUCCAACCCUGAGUGCAAGCCAGGCUCAGAUGUACCUACGAGCUCAAAUGCUUAUUUUUACUCCUGCAACCACUGUGGCUGCUGUCCAGUCUGACAUUCCUGUUGUUUCAUCAUCUUCCUCAUCUUCCUGUCAGUCUGCAGCUACUCAGGUUCAGAACUUGACAUUGCGCAGCCAGAAGUUGGGUGUAUUGUCAAGUUCCCAGAAUGGCCCACCAAAGAGCAGCAGUCAAACCCAGUCCUUGUCUCUGUGCCCCAAUAAACCUGUAACCAGCUCCAAGGGCAGCCAACCAGAUCCCUCAGAAAGCAAUAGAAAAGGCGAGAGCCCAACUCCGGAGUGUCGGAGUGCACCAGUCACACGGACAUCCAGCAUCCAUCACUUAAUAGCACCAGCUUCAUAUUCUCCAUUGCAACCUCAUUCUCUAGUAAAACAUCAGCAGAUCCCACUUCAUUCACCGCCUCCGAAGAUCUCCCAUCAUCAGCUGAUACUGCAGCAGCAGCAGCAGGUCCAGCCCAUUGCCCUUCAGACCCCCGGGGGCCAGGAGCCCCCUCCGUCCCAGCACUGCCUCCCUCUCCCAAGCCACAGUCUUCCUCCAGCUCCCAGUAGUGUCCAGUCUCAUUGCUCACCCAUCCACAUCCAUCCUCCCCCUCUAACGCUGUCCCCCACUCCAUCCCAGUCAGCCCAGCAGUCCGUAGUGGUGUCCCCUCCACCUUCUCACUCCCCCAGUCAAUCACCCACGAUAAUUAUUCACCCUCAAGCGCUUAUUCAGUCCCAGGCAAACUCCUUGGUGCCAGCAGCUCUUCAGCCAGAGCAGGCUGCUCCUCAGCAAACCACCACCACCAAUCCAGUUCGACCAAUUGCACAGCCACUUAAUCUUCCAUCACAUCUUCCUCUCCCACCUUCCCCUGCUGUCCACAUAGGCUCAGUAGAUCAGCCCACCUUAGUUUCCCCAGGCCAACAGAUCGUGUCCUCGACGCCACACCAGCCAUACUCAGCCUUGCCGUCCACACCGAUUCCUCUGGCAGCUCCUCCUCAGCUCUCCACGUCUUCAACCCAGAUUCAACAGCUGCCGUUACAGUCUGUGCAGUCUUUGCAAGUGCAGCCUGAAAUUCUCUCCCAGGGCCAGGUUUUGGUUCAAAACACUUUGGUUUCUGAGGAAGAACUUCCCGCUGCAGAAGCUUUGGUCCAGCUGCCAUUUCAAACUCUUCCACCGCCACAGACUGUUGCAGUAAAUCUGCAAGUGCAGCCAUCGGUACCAAUUGAAACUCCAGUGAUUUACCAAGUGGAGAAUGUGUGUGAAGAAGAGAUGCCCGAGGACUCCGAGUGUGUCCAUAUGGCCAGAACGCCCACGCCGCCCACUUUGUCCCCACCAGCCAUACCCCUGGGGAACGGAGAGGGGCUUCAUUCCGAUGAUCCUUUGUCAGACCAUGGGGGACUACCUUCAGUGACGUCAUCAGUCAGUGCCUCAGUAAUUAAAUCUCCAUCUGACCCUUCACAUGCCUCUAUUCCACCCCCACCUCUUUUGCUUCCAGCAGCAACAACAAGGAGCAACAGCACAUCGAUGCCCAACAGCAUCCCCAGCCUAGAAAACAAACCUCCUCAGGCUAUUGUGAAGCCACAGAUCCUGACCCACGUUAUUGAAGGUUUUGUGAUUCAGGAGGGGUUAGAGCCAUUCCCUGUAAGUCGUUCAUCUUUGCUGGUGGAACAGCCUGCAGAAAAAAGAUUGCUGGUGGAGGGUCAAAUCAUGAGUGUUGUGUGUGUUGAAUCAGACUUGCAGAAUACAAAACAUGCAGACAACUCAUCGGACACAGAGAUAGAGGAUAUGAUUGCAGAAGAGGGACUGGAUGAAAUUGAAAACGAACUUCUGAAGUGUGAAUUUUGUGGGAAAAUGGGAUAUUCUGAUAAGUUUCUACGGUCAAAAAGAUUCUGCUCCACAUCCUGUGCCAAAAGGCACAGCCUUAGUUGCACUAAGAAAUUUGGGCUGUUUACGUCAGACAAGACCAGUCGUUGGAAUCGGAAGUCAGAUAGCCAAAGUCUUGGGCGACGCGGGCGUCGACCGAGUGGCCCUGAUGGGGCGUCACGAGAUCAUUUUCUUAGACAGCUUCCAAUUACUUAUCCAUCUGCAGAAGAAGAUACGGCUUCUCAUGAAGAUGCUGUUCCAACUGCCAUGACCACCCGUCUGCGAAGACAGAGCGAAAGAGAGAGAGAACGGGAACUUAGGGAACUGAGAAUUAGGAAAAUGCCAGAGAGCAUUGACUUGUUACCAGUGGUUCAAGCCGACCCAUCAGUAUGGACUGUCGAUGAAGUUUGGGCCUUUAUACAUUCUUUGCCUGGUUGUCAAGAUAUUGCGGAUGAAUUUAGAGCACAAGAAAUUGAUGGACAAGCUCUCCUCUUGUUGAAGGAGGACCACCUUAUGAGUGCAAUGAAUAUUAAGCUUGGACCUGCGUUGAAAAUCUGUGCACGUAUCAAUUCGUUGAAAGAAUCCUAAAGGGGUGAACAUGAAGGUUUGAACAACAGUUUCUCAGUGACAGAACUGCCAGUAAUACGCCAGCAUCUUCACUGUGGCAUGAGUGUUACUGUGAUGUUUUGUUAAACAUAUGGGCUUUUCCCCACAUAAAGACUUAAAAAUAUUCUUUUGAUUAUACCAGGUAGUCCUCUGUAGUUUCCAACAAUUAACAGGUUCGGGGUAAAGCCUGAGUAAAACUUUGAGUUGAAGAGGGAGUUCAUGGAAAAACACGAAGUCAAACAUGCUGUGGUAGGCUAAAUAUUCCCCAACAUGUACUUUAUCUUAUAAGUUUGAUUAACACCCCAAUCUAAACGUUGUUUAAAUGGUGUUGCUGUAUUCUGAAAGAUUUUUCCCACAUACAGCAGUUUUUGGACUGAAAUAACAGAAGUGUCCACAGACGCUGUGGAAGCAUUAAUACCAGUAAAAUGCUAUGCAUUUAGUUGUGCUCUCUUGAGUUUCUUUUAGUCUUGAGCAAAUUGUUUGUAAAGGGGUAGGUUGGCAGCCGGUUCUCCUCGCGUAGGCUUACCCUCAGCUCUGCCACUGUAGUAUUUUCUUGAAGCCUGGAAAUACUAUAAAUCACAUAGAUGUCUCAUCAAAGUCCUUAUUGUUGGGCUACUGAAAUGCAACGGCACGAUCCUCUUGCCAGAGGCAACUGAAGCACAUGUUACUUUACUCUUUGUAUGCUGCUAUCUACUAAGAGGGCAUUAAGCUGUUAGGUUUGUGGUUUCACGUGCUGCUAGUUAAACUAGACCAGCAGUUCUCAACUUGGGGGUUCAGAGUGGAUCCUGACAAGGUCUGAGAAGACUCGGGGUUCGGGUUCCAAAAGGUGUGAGGGGCUGACAACUGCAGCCAGGACUAGCUCAUGUGGAGACAAGUGUACUUUAAAGGCUGGAGGUGGAGAAGGGGUAGCGUAGCUCGGAUGCUCUCGUUCUUGAUACCUCUUCUAACUUGUCUUUCCCUGUAGCACAUUCCCAUUGCCUCUCUGGAAGCUUCCAAGCACCUUUUAUUUGUUCGGUGGCUCGCGUGAGCUGGGCUUGCAGUAGCCUGAGGAAGGAGCAGGGCGAGUUGCUCCAUGAGGUCCCUCCAGAGCUGGGCGUAGGAGCAGCAACCCCUGCAUCGAGGGACUGGCAGGAGGGAGAAAUCUCUAGGGACCCUGCUUUGUCCCUCUGGCAGGAGAUUUCGACCCGGACACUGCAGACCCAGACAGUGGGAUGAGUGUCUCCCUCCAUCUUCCCUCUCUGUGUUUCCCCAGUUACUGACACCCUCAGAAUCUAUUUGGGCUGGGAGGCAGCAGCACCUUCUGGGCCUUCCCUUCCCCUUCACCUGUGUCUGGACAUUCGUGGAUGUAUUUGGUACCUUCUCUUCCCUCCCCUUUGCAGCUCUGCUCCCCUUAUGUACAGACCUAGAUCCCUAAGCUCCUGUGCAGGGAAAGAAGGGUGUGUGUGCCGAUAGAGUCGUCGUGUAUAUUUGAAUUUAAAUACGUGUAUGUGUCUACAGAUAAUGUAUUUUGUAUUUUAUGCGGAUUAAUGCAUAAUAUAUGAUUGUGUAGGGCGAUGUUCAGGGGGACCCUAAAGUAUUUGUGAAAAGAAGAGGAAUUGAUGUAAAGUUUGAGAACUGCUGACCUAGAUCAAAAGGAGUCAAUGCACAUACACUGGCUGAGAGGAAGGUUUAUGACAGGUAGAUUAAUGUGUAUAUUAUUUAAUUGAUGAUCUUGAAGAGUAAAUUGGGAUUACAGAAAAAUCCGUGCUUCAUUUUCCUUUAAUUAGACUAUUGCUUUGCUUUUAUUAACAGACUUUCUACCAUUAUCUUCUAGAGAUCAAAACUACAAUCGUUGUUUUUAAUUACAACUGUUUGAGCUUACUAAUAGCAGAUGCUAUUAAUAUUUUUAUUAACCACUGAAGCUCCAAGUUAAGACAACCCAUUGCUGUUACAUGCUUGUAUGUGGUGAGAGCCCUUACCCAAAUCACACCAAAGGCUUUAGAGGAUUCAUUGACGUCUGGGUUUAUUUUGGAGGGAAGUUGCUAACCACUUUCUCAUUUGGGGUUUGUUUUUUUUUCCUGUCUUCAGUUCCUGUUGUCAAAUAAACUUCUCAGUUGAAGGUUCGACGUUUGGCAAUGUUCAUUUGGAAGAGAUUCAAGUGAUGGAGACAGUAGGUUCCUGUUUGUAGCAUUUCUGUAAGAUACACCCUGUAGCAUAGCUGUAACAUAGGUUCGACAGGAUGCGUUCUGUUUUGAUGAGCUAAUUGAAGACUAAAGAGAUCUUAGAGAUUUAUCCUUUGGAUUUUGUCUUAAAGUUUCAUUAUUUUUAUACGGAAAUUUCACUGGCUGAUUUUUAAUCUGUCUUCUGAUUGUACCAUUCUUUGGCAACGUAAACAGUAGGUACACGUUCGUGUGAUUCGAUAAUGGCUUAAGGCAUAUUUGAAAACGUGGAGUUAGGAGUCUUACUUAUACCUGCAGUUAAUCACAGUGUUGUUACAUGCAUGAGAAUCUCACCCUUGUUUUAAUUUGGCUUUAUUAGACAGCUUUUGGGAGAACUUCUACAGUUUGUGUUUCUGUAGGACUCCCAGCUGUAAUUGCUGGCUGUAAGACCCGAUUAACGCACGUCUGUGCUGGGUCUUCUGGUGCACGACAUCCUAUGUGGUUUUGGGAGAGCUGCAGAUAGCAAGUUAUACUUUAAAUAUUCAUGAAUUCAGCAACUAAGAUUGUGGGCCUUGUGCAUAUUGAAAGUUUUUUCUCCUUGAGUGAUUUUUUUGGCAUUACAAACGCAUCUCAAGUAAAAAAAGUUUUAAACUUCCAGCCUGUAUUACCUUCUUGCUGAAUUACCCAAAACAUGUACAGUGAGGAGCUAGAAAAAGGAGAUCUUAAGAGAUAUAUUUUUUUCCAUCUGGAAAGUAUUAACAAUUUGAGCACAAUUGUAUAUUCAUAGAAUAGUGAUCAUAAAUUUAAGUGCAAUACAGAACACUUAAGGAGCAUUUUAAUUGUGUGUAAAAAGCACUGUACGGUUUCGUAGGGUUGUUGAAAGGCUGUAGUAUUUGCUAAACCAGGGUGUCCUCGCUGAUGACAGGAUUAGGCUAAAAGCACAAAUAUCACUGACCCAGGAGGCAUUAUCUGUGUUUUGAAGACUCGUGUCGCCCUCCGUUACCUGGCAGCUUUCUGCAAAUUCAGCCUUUAAAAGAACCAUGAGAUAUUCUGCACCCCCAACCUCCUUGUCAAGUUGUCUUUGUGUCAGGGCGUUACCAAACCAGUACUCACCAGGAAAGGUGUGUGUAAUGAAUGAAGGGGUUUAUUAACAAGUGCCAAAUCCUUCUGUUUAGAAUUGGAAACCCCAUAGAGUAUCUCAUUAAAAUCAAUAUUGAUUCCUAAGGGAGUCUUUAUAUGAGGAAAGUAGAGAAGUUUCUCAUCAAGGGUUAACACUUCAUCCGCUGUUACCAUUAAUAUCAAAUAAUCCUUUAAGAAUUAAAGACUGUAAAGCAUUUGAAUGGCAUUAGGCCAUUAGUUGCUGUCACAGCACAAGGGAUGCACAGAGGAGAUAGAGCAGUGCUUGGCUCUAGUUGUUAUUAUUUCAGAUGCUACCAGUUGCCUAGGAUGACAUCUCUGUCUGUCUGUCUGGCAGUGACACUGGGGUCCUGUUUGAGAGUAACAGUUCAUGGUUAUGUGUUGGGACUUCCCAGAGAAGGGAAAACACAAAGGGAAAAACUUUGGAGUCAUUAGGAGGGUGAUUGAGGUCACGUCAAGUAUCUCCCUCCAUAAAAAGUCAAGGAUAAAGGCGGGCUUUAAAAUAUGCAAUUUUAAAAUGCUUAAAAUGAAGGCAUUUUAAAGUAGUUAUUUAGCAGGCUCAGGCACCAAUGCCACUGUCACCUACUGGGUGGGCGCAGCGACAGCCUAAAGCUUGAUGCUCUUUGGUACUUUUCCCCAAACGAGUGUGGAGGAAAGAAUUUGAUAGUAAUAGAGUGAUAUCACAUCGGUACGUUAAUACUCGGCUUCGGCUGCAUGUUGUGGCUUCCCUGUAAAAAAAUAAAGUUUUAAAAAAUGUAAAAUGGCUUUAUCAGCACCGCAGCAACGAGUGGAAUUCUGCCCUGUCAGGAUAGAUGGGGUUGUGUAAACUUUAAUUAGGGGUUGAGAAGCUGAACCACACUGAUAAAUAAAACACAUGGGCAGCUUUACCCGGCUUCUUGCAGCUCCCAGUUUGUGUUAAUGAAUCGCAAGGGCGAGACUAAUCACACCAAACAGAACCAUCCAAAAUGUAUGUUCUUGAAAAUAACUUUGCCUUCAUCUGGUGUUAAAUGAAUUUUGAAUUAGGAAUUUUCCCUCGCCUGCCAAAUCUGCAGGGAAUUAGUUCUUUUUGUGAUCUUCUGGAAUGCCUGGUGCAUUGCUAUAUUUGAGAGAUUUGCUGGGGUUUUUUUAAAUGGAAUGAGGUUUUGUAAAUAUUUUGUCAACCCCGUUUCAGUGGGUGUCCGGUUUA